CUGGAAUGGAAGUGCCACACUACUAGUGAAUUCCAAUCCGAUAAUUCGUCACCUGCUGAACUACAGGAUUUUAACUUCGAAAGUUUGCAUAGCAUUAGGCAACGCAUUAGGAAAGUGGGAGAUGUUGCAGCGAUGUAUAAACGUCUCAACGACCUGGGAUACAAGUUUGGGCCCACGUUUCAAAGUAUCUCGAGUUUGUGAGUAGAAAACGACGAACUCUUAGCCGUCGUCGAGAUGCCCUCUGAGCUUUAUGACACGAGUGACAUUUGCCAUCCUAUACUAUUGGAUGGAAUGUUACAGGCCCCUCUGUUCUUAUUGAUUGCGACGAAUUCAAUAACUCAACUCCACGUUCCUGUUGGUGUAAAAAAGAUUGCUCUGCUUCGCAUUGUGGAAACUGCGGUUCCAAAUCAGAAAUCUCAGUCGAUGUACAUCCAUUGCAAUAAGAACAGAGUAACAAUGUAUUCGCAAGAUGAUGGAUCCCCACUGGCAAUUCUAGAAGGCAUUGAGAUCAUCGCGACAACCAACGAUCGGCUUAGGACAUUACUAAUACGUGGCGAAGCGGAAGUGAAAAUGCCGGCACUAUACGAACAAGCAUGGCUGCCAGUAAUAGACGACGGGGAGUUGGACAUUAUGUCGAAGUCAGAUAGAAACUUAUGGAUUCUUUAAGGAAACGAAGACAACUUUACUUCAGUCUUAGCUGACUAUUUAGUAAAUAAAUAUAACAAAGUAGUAAUGAAACUA